AUGCGUUCUUCUUUUCCAAAACAAAAGACGACGACGUCAAUUUUAGCGAAAGAAGAAGAUAGUAUUAUUAUUAACGCAGCAACAACGAGAAGAUCAUCAUCGGAUAAAUUAGAAAAAGAAAAAGGAGAACGUACAUUGAACGCAUCAUCGUUGACCGCUUUAGGUGCCAUAACGGCGUUGUGUACCGUAGGAGGGUGCGCGAUGCUUCUCAACCCAUCUGAAGCGUUCGCGAUGCCCACGACGCAACUCGUCUUGGAGUUGGCGGAAUCGAACGCGGAUGCUUUAGAUCCGGAAACAGCAAAGACAAUCGCGGGCAUUCUCGGUCCGUUAUUCGCGGUGUCAGAAAUUCUAUUCAUCGUGAGAAUUGUGAUGACCUGGUACCCGUCCGUGCCGAUUACGAAGCUGCCGUGGGUGGUCGCUUACGUGCCGACGGAGCCUUUGUUGAAACCGACGAGGUCGGCGAUACCGCCGGUCGGAGGCGUGGACGUUUCGCCAAUCAUUUGGGUCGGAAUGAUUUCGUUUUUGAACGAAAUCUUGUUAGGGAAACAAGGUUUGUUGGUGUUGUUGUCGAACAAAACCAUGGCUUGA